AUGGUGCAAUCAUUUUCAUCACACUUAGAUCCGCUCACCAACAUAAAAACUAUCAAAGAAUAUGAAAUGGAGAAUGAGCAGCUGAAAAACGAAAACUUUGAGCUUAAGUACCAGCUAUCAUAUUACCGUAACAGUGGUGGUGCUGACAUGCAGCUCGUGAACAGAGAAGAUUUUGAAAGCCUUAAGCGCGAGAAUGUGCAGCUAAGGGAGCAAAUUAAUGCUAUGGUUGUGGAGAACAAUAAAAGGGUAAAGACCGAUGGGGAGAAGGACCGGGAACUCCUUGAUCACAAGAAUAGGGAACGUGAUUAUAUUGCGAGGGAGAACGAGUACAGAAAUGUGAUCAGUAGCUACAAAAAUAUGGAGGCUGAUUUUAUGGAAAAAGAGAAAAAGUACAGCAAAAUGAUUUCUGAUCUUAGCGCGACUGAAAAUAAUCUUUGUGAUCAAGUUAAAGAGAGCAACAAUCUGAUUGAGCAGUUGAAAAUUCAGAAUAAAGCCAAUGAAGAAAAAAACAGCUAUCUUGAAAAAAAGCUCAAGGAUACAAUGUGUGUGCUGGAGGCUCUGAGAGAAGAUAACAACGAUAAUAUCACAAAUAUUACUAAAAUGAACGAACAGAAGAAGUUUUAUGAUAAUAUCGUAAAUGAGCAGGCAGAAAGAAUAAAAAAUUUGGAGGAGAACAACAAUUUUCUGGGAAAUGAGGUUAAAAAUACAGGCACCGCAUCGAAAUUGAGAGAAGAGGAGAACAAGAGGCUGAUAAACGAGAAUAAACAGCUUAAGAGUUUGCUGGAGGAUGAAAGGAGGAGAACAAACGAUAAUUUGAAGGAAAUAGAGGAGUCCAAGCGGAGAUCGGAGCAGAGCAAUAGAAUGCAAGUGGAAAAUAUCAACGAGAAGGCGCAACAGCUCGUGUUGGACAAUAGGAGGCUUUCAAGUAACUUGAGCGAAUUUGAGAGUAAGCUUGAACACACAAGGAACGAGUAUGAAAAGAUAUUGAGGAAAUACAACACACUUAAAAAUGAGCAUGGCGCUGUGAUCAACAAGCAUAGAGAGGAGCAGUCUAGUAUUGAUGGAUAUAGACGAGAAAUAACGAAACUUAACAAUUCCAUCUUUAACCAGAGAAUGUUCCUCAAUAAAAUGAAUGAGUUCUUAGAUCAUGUACGUUUGCAGAUUAAAAACAUUGGGGGUAAAGUCGCAAAGUUUCAGCUCAACGAUAGAAACAAAACAGUUCUUGGAAAGUUAAACAUUAGAUGCAAUGUAGGAAUUAAUAAUUUGCUCAAGAAGCUCUUCAAAGUGAUACACGAUCUCAGACAUAAGAACAGCACGCUCGAAAAUGAGGUAUCAGAUAUUUCAUCGUUUGUGAAAGAGAACAGGGCGAAUAACAGAACUAUAAAACUGAUAGAAGAGUUCAGCAAAGAAUUUGAAGAUGCCAGAAAUGGGUUGAAUGAGUGCAGGGCAUAUUUGGAAAGAAAAGGCAAAGAGAAUAAGCUGUUAAAGAAUGAGCUAAGAAAGUUGAGAAAGUGCCACAGAUGUGUUUUAUGAUGUAAAUAGAAUAGUGACGGUGAAACAUAUCUGAUAACGUAUAUUGAGUGAUUGCUCAGUAAAAUAAGUAGUAAAUAUGACAGCAUGUGAGGUUAGAUUAUUUUAAAAGUUUUGUUUUGUACGAUCAGACAGAGUAACAAGUUUUUAGAUUUGUACACCUUACAAAAACGGGAGUGUGUGC